AUGUCAGUUCUCGCAAAAGACACAAUAAUACAGCCGGCCGCGCCGCUGAUAAAGACAAUCCAGAAACCUGCAGUGAUCAGCCAGAACAGCAGUACACAGAGCCUACAGAACAACUGCUCUGACAUUCAUUUGAACAACAAUGGCAGCUCCAAAGUUCCAGAGAAAGAGUUGACAGAUACGCUGGAAUGCUCACACAGUGUUAGGGACCAGAUGGAAUACACCACAAACAGUGUUAAAAGCUUGCCUAACCUUCAAAAAGCUAGCGUAGCCUCUACUUCAAGUCAUGCCUGUCACUGUGAUCAAGAGGGAGGCACAGAGUGUAAAGAAGAUGAGUCAGAGUGGAUAGACGAGUCAGAUAAAGAAGAGUCCCGGUGUUUCCUGGUAGUGAGGAACAUGUGGAGAACAUUUUACCUAACUGCUUGGGUAGCCGCUGCUUUCUACUCAGUUUACAACAUUAGUUUGUUUGUAAACAGGUACUUUGAGCGGCCUACUCAGAUAGUGAUAACCAGUGUUAAACCAGGACAUGACGGUUUGGAGUUCCCUACUAUCUCUAUAUGUAACAUGAAUAAGAUAGAGAAAGCCUUCUUGGAGGUUAAUCCGACCCUUAAGAAAGUUUGGGACAGACUCGAGGCGACCAAAUCUGUAGAUUGGAAGAAUAAAACUGUAGCUGAGAUAGGGAAUUUGACGUACAGUGAUAUAUACGCUCAGAGUUUUGGCUGGCAGCGUGUGGUGGAUCAGUGCAAAUACGGGGGCUGGAGAGAUUGUAAGGAGCUCGACUACCACCAGAGUGAACUGUUCACUGAUAAUGUAGGGGCAAGUGGUAAGUGCUACACUUUCAACCCCCGGGGUAGAAUAUUCUCCCGGAGCGUGGGUAAUGAGGGCAGUUUCCGGUUCCUUAUGAACACUCACAGUAACCAGUACCUGAAGAGCGUGUCAGAAGUGGGCUUUGUGGUAGACAUCCACCAUCACUCCAAUUUCCAGGGGAGCAGCAAGAUUGAGAUGUCUCCAGGCUACAAGUACAGGGUGGGGAUAAAACCUAAAAUUAGGGUAGAGUUGCCGUUCCAGUCUGGUGGAGAAUGUGAUCCAACGCGAAACAUUACAUCGUAUUUAGCGUACGACGCAGACUCGUGCGAGUACGAAUGCAGGGAUAGAUACAUAAACGCAACGUGUGGCUGCAUAAUAUCAGCUCCCCCUAAUAACCGUUACCACUACCUCACCUGCUCUAUUAGACAGAUGGAGGAUUGUGGCUGGCUGGCGUAUUACUACUUCCUUACACGGGAGGAGAACAUGCCCCAACACAAUAGCCAUUCAAAUAGCCAUUCAAACGAAGAGGGGGAUAGUGAGGAGAGGAAGUAUACCUUUAACGAGCCGUCAGAUAAACACACUCGGAAGGCGGCCACGUCCCCUGUAACUGGGAGUGGGCCCACUUUAGUGACGUCUACAGAGACCACCAUGUGGCCCACUACUAGUGUGCCAGUGUUUAAGGAUAGUAGUUACCUGACUUGUACAAACAGCUGCCCCCCACCUUGUUACAAACAUUAUUACGAUAUUGUAGUUUCGUCUUCUAAAAUAUCUACCAGAAACGCCAGGAUUAUGGCCAAGAACAUCCGAAACGAUGGAGGGUUGAACCUUUCUGCGGAGUACUUGCUAGCGAACCAUGUACUGAUGGAGUUUUACCUGGCAGACUCUUUCACAGAGCUGAUAAAGAGUGUUCGGGCUUACAACCUGUGGCUCCUACUCAGUGACAUUGGUGGAGUCAUGGGCUUGUUUCUGGGGGCCAGCAUUUUCACCUUCUUCGCAUUUUGCAAAGCCACCGUUGUCAGAAUCUACCACAGCGGUAAGGAUCGUAAAUCAUUCUGCAAGCUCCUUAAGGAUGUACUAAAUGCAGCUUAG